AUGCCUGUGGUUCAAAGCGAUACAAUACCUACGGCAGGUGCUACUGGUUUCAACCAUAAUUUUGAGACUAAAGAUGUAUCAAUCCAAUAUCGUGGAAGUAUGAAUGCAGUUAUUGAAAGAGUUCUUUUGACAUGUAACGAAGAAGAACAAUAUUUAGUUAAAGUAUUGAUUGCCCAAUGCAGAAGACCAGAAUUGGGUGAUAAAUUUAGCAGUCGACACGGUCAAAAGGGAGUCUGUGGACUUAUUUCACCACAACAAGACAUGCCUUUUGAUCAGAAUGGAACUGUCCCAGAUCUAAUUAUGAAUCCUCAUGGUUAUCCAAGUCGUAUGACUGUUGGUAAAUUAAUGGAAUUAUUAAGUGGAAAGAAUGCUUUAAUGGGAGAGCCACGUCAAUGGCGUUUACAUUAUGGAACAGCUUUUGGUGGUGAUGAUGUAAACUCUGUAAGCCAAAACCUUGCAAAGUUUGGUUAUAAUUUUCUUGGAAAAGAUAUGUUAACAUCUGGAAUUACUGGUCAACAAAUGUCUGCAUAUAUCUAUUUUGGACCAAUUUAUUAUCAAAAAUUAAAGCAUAUGGUGAUAGAUAAAAUGCAUGCUAGAUCGAAAGGACCAAGAGCAGUUCUUACAAGACAACCGACUGAAGGAAGGGCGAGAGAAGGCGGUUUACGACUUGGUGAAAUGGAACGCGAUUGUUUAAUUGCUUAUGGAUCUUCAAUGUUAUUAACUGAAAGAUUAAUGGUUUCUUCAGAUCAAUUUGUGGUCGAAGUCUGUACAGAAUGUGGUUUAAUGGGUUAUGAUGGUUGGUGUCAAUACUGCAAAAAAUCUUCAGCUUCUAUGGCUAAAAUUAAAAUUCCAUAUGCAUGUAAAUUGCUAUUUCAAGAGCUUCAAAGUAUGAAUAUUGUGCCUCGUCUUCAAACAGCUAAAUAUACGGAUGUAAUACAAACAUAG